CAUGACGUCACUGUGCAGCUCGUGUGGGGAGAUCGGGAUUUCCAACCAAUCAGGAAGCAGAGCGGUUUCAUUUCUCCUUGACUGAAAUUUUCUCCCUUCAGCUUCGCUUUUUACUGCUGGAUUUCCCCCUAAAAGGACAUGGAGCGACUGCAGUCCCAGCAGGACAACCUGAGGCUGUGGCUUUCAGCAGAUGCUGAUCACAUCAUCACUGAGUGCGAAAGCCUUUUACGUGUUAGUGAAUAUAAAGAGGUGGUGAAGCAGCCGAGUGAAGAGGAGAAGAUCAGCAGCCUUCUGAGAACGAUCAUCAACAAUGGAGCAGAAACCUGUGAGAGCUUCACUGAGAUCCUGAGGAAGAACCAGAGACAUUACCAUCAGCUGCAGCAGUUUUUCCACUCCUCUGAGGGCACAACUGCUCCAACAGUGUUUGCUGAUAAUAACAGCAUUGUCGCAACCACAAACUUCUCAAACAUAAAGGGGAAAUGUCUCACACGCAACUUGGAGACGGAGAGCAACCCAAGAGAAAAUUUGUCUGGGAAUAUUGUAUCAGGGAAUGAUUAUACUGCAACGGGAGGGAGUGUUAUCUGUGCCGACAGACUAGACGGAGUUAAUGUGGAUAACAUGGACUUCUCAGUGAAGAUUACGUCGUCACGGGUUCCUUCAGCUCCAGGACGUGCUGCUGACCUUCCUUGUCAGGAUCCUGCUGGAAAGACGAUCACAGAGCACAAAGUGAGGCUGACCGAAUGCCUGAUGGCUGAUGCAAACUACAUUCUGCAGCACGUCGACCAGAAAUCCAUCAUCACACAAAGAGAAUAUCAGAAUCUGAAAGCUGUGACUGAGCCAGAGAAGCAAGUGAUCCAGCUGAUUGACCAGGUCAUCAGCAAAGGUCCAGAAAAAUCUCUUCAGUUUCUUCAGCUUCUCAAGGAGCCUAAAGUCCUGGAGACCUUUCCACAGCUCAGGAACAUUUUAGAUACUGGCGCUUAAUCACAAUACUUUGUUGAUUGGAGUCAUUUCUGAGACAAGACUACUGCUAUGGGCUCCCAUAAGUCUUUUAUUUUUUUAUUUAAUGUUUAAAAGCACGUUUACUUUGUAAAAGCGCAAAUAAUAAUUUUAAUUGUUGUGUACCGUACUGUAAGUUAGAAUGUGAGGUUAACUUUUUCUUUGUAUUUGAGCUCAGUUUAGAUUAGAUAUUUCGUCGUCCCAUAAAUAAGCACUUGGAAAAACAGUUAUACCAGCCAGUCAGUGCGUCGCCUCAAUGACAUCAUCACUUUUUUAGCUGUCAUUUUUCUGCCUGAAUUUAAAUGCAAUUUAACCUGGGAUAACCUGCCAGGCAUGUGUAUGCGCGUAACAUGCCACCAAACACGCAUGUUUUCUGCAGCACGUCUCCUCUUUACCUGUGAAACAGCUACAGAACCGUGUCACCUGUAUCCAUGGCCGACUGUGUGUGUAACCAGAAAAUUUUUUAUGUGUGCCUUUUAUAGACGAGCGUGACCUGUCCCUCACCAUGUCUCAGCCUCUCGUUGACCCGAUCAAGUCGGUUGCUGAAGAUCAGAGAGCACUUUCAAGGUUAAUUUUAAAUGCACGUGCCUCUCAUCCAUGCACACACAGCGUCGCUGCCCAGUAUAAAACAGAAUUGUCGGCCAAACUGCAUAAAAAGGUGUUAUGUUUAAAUGCAGAUGAGUCAACAAAUGCAAAUGCGAACAGAAUUAUUAUUGUACCUGUGCGGUACUGUGAUGAUGACUUGGGCAAAGUGUUGACUCAGCAUCCGGCCUCCAGAAAGGUCAAUUAUGCAGAUGCAGUAACUGUCAAACGUUGAAUAAAAAUGAAUAUAAACCUUCA